AUGGAGAACCUUAGCAUCCUAGAUGUCCACCGCACGCUCGUGGCGACUUUCAUCGUCUCUCACUCCCAGCUCUCGGCCGCUUCUGUCAUCCAGAGCUUCCAGAACACAUUAUAUGACAUUGCUGGUAUCGCCGGUCGACAGUCGCUGUUGGUAUCCGGUAUACAUGGAUUCAUGGGUGUUAUCGGAACCAUCAUUUAUUUGGGCAUCGCUGCAGACAGAGGGCCUCGUGCUCGAACAUUGUGGACUGGCUCGCUCGGCUUAUCCGUCUCAAUCGCCAUCUGCGUGGCUUUGAGUGCAACCUACGGCCAGGCUGGAGAGAGUAACAUGGCUGGAUCAAGAGCAAGCAUCGCUUUCAUUUUCAUUUACUCUGCGACAUUUGCCAUCUUCUUCGACGCCGUGAUCUGGGUUGUACCAUCAGAGCUGUUCCCAACAUUUCUUCGAUCAAAUGGCAUUGCCUUUGCUGUGUCAUCCAAGUCUGUCGUCGCUAUCGUUCUUAGCCAGAUUACUCCUUUGGCUCUCGCGGAGGUCACCUUGAGGUUCUAUGCCCUGUUCAUCGCCUGCAGCACUGCCGCCGCUGUUCUGUACUUCUUCUGCCUGCCUGAGACCGGCGGUAAGACCUGA